GAUUGCGUUACUCGUACUUACUUCUAGGGAUCAAAACGACGGGACACGGGAUCCACGGCACAAGAUCCACGGCACCGUUGCAAAUGGUUCCACCACCCGGGUCGUUUUUGCCAGAGCGAACGAAGACGCAUUCGCAUUCUCAGUCGCAUUCUCGGUCGCAUUCUCGGUCGCAUUCGCAUUCUCGGUCGCAUCCACGUUCCCGCCCUCGUUCUUCUCGGAGGCAUCCCAUUCGGAGACGCAGCAGUGCGAUCUUGCUGGUGGGGGUGGUCCUCUGGAGCUUGCUCGUGGUCGUUCGCCAAUCCUGGACUGCACCCUGUUGCGACGCUCGUUAUCGUUGUUCGUAUCAUUGCGAUCGCCACUUCGAUGCCGGGACCGUGUCCGAUGGCGCGGGGAAGAGCAGCGACAAAAGGGAAAGGAGCGACGACACCAAGGACACCAACGACGAGACCCUAUCGAUGCUCCACAACAACAACAACAACAACAACAACAAAAAGGACAAAGCAAAGAACAACCAAACUCGUCACACAACAAAGCCGAGAAACAACGAGGCAUUCCUCCGUGUGUUCAAUCCAUGGGAUCGGACCCGUUAUGUUGUUUGCGGGAGUACCAAACAACAGGGACAGGAACCAAGCGUGGUGCCCAUUCGUCCCAAUCGCACCGUCUUAUUGCGCAUUGUCGGGGAGGAUUGGGACGCUGCUUUGCUUUCCUUAGCGCUCCACAACAACAGCAGUAGCAACAUCAUCAACAACAACAGCAACAGCAACAACAACAACAACAAAACCGCCACACAAAUCGAUGGCGGACCUGAAUUUAACACUACUUUGUCGGUGGUGUGUGCCAAUAGCGAUCUCUUGGCCGCCCUCGAGAGCCCUCCCGAACUCGGACCAGAACCACACACAGAUGCCGGCCGGGCAGAGGAAAGAAGCAGCACCGGCAGCGCGUUGUGGCCACACACCCGUUUCUUCGACGCCGAUCCGGCCCCUCCGGCCGAUCCCAAACACACCACAACCGCAACCACACCCAAGCCAGCCAUGCCGGCCGUGACCCUGCGGUUUGGCUACGAGGUCGACGAACCGCUCCUGACCAACCACUACCACCAGCUGUCGGACCAGCAAUGCAACGUGCCCUGCGUCCAGUGGGGAAAGAUGUACACCUACAAAAACUUUGCGACCGUCGAGGGGACGCCCUUUCGCUUCCGGGCGGUCUCGAUGGAAGGAUCCGGGUACUACUCGGGGCUAGACGUGGGCCGCUUUCGGGAGGCCCACAGGUCGCAGGAAUUCUUCGCCACGACGUCCUUUCGGUCCGAGGUCCCCCUGACGUAUUAUUCGCUGGACGCUGCCGACGCGGACGCGGACGGUCUUGCGGCCGGUGGGAACGGCGGGGGUGCCCCCGCGAACGAUCCGAGGAAAUUUCCCACCGUCGGCUUUGACCAGGGCAUCAAGGGAGCGAGCUUCCUGGCGAGGAACUGCGGAUCCAUCAACCACAGAGAAGAUCUCGUGAGAGACCUCAUCCGGGAAAUGGAAACAAGGAACCACGCCUCCAACCACAGCGACGGAACUAUUACUAUUACUGCUGCUGCUGCGAAUGCCGCAAACCGUUCCUCCUUUCGCCUCGAUUCCCUCAGCGAUUGCGUUCCCCACGCCCCCCACGGAUUCCCGGGCAACACCUCCGGGACCAGCCCCAAAUCCGACAUUCUUCGCCACUACCUCUUUCACCUGGCAUUCGAAAACCAGAACGUCGACGACUACAUCACGGAGAAGCUGUGGCAGACGCUGGAGGAGGGGACGAUCCCCGUAUACUGGGGGGCCUCCAACGUCCGGGACCACCUCCCCCAUCCCAACAGUGUGGUAGUGGUCCGCGAUUUCUCCCUGGACCGCGAGAAGGACGACCCGACGAAGCACAACAUCAACGUGACGGCGCUGGCCGACCAUUUGUGGAAGGUCGCCCACAACCGGACGCUCUACGAGUCGUACCAUGCCUGGAAGAAGAAGGACGGGGCAGCUCCACAAAGCAGACACGACGAGAGAACCAGCAGCACCGGAACCGGCAACGACCGAGGGCUUCAACACGAGCUUGACGAUGCCAUCGCCGGUGCGUCCGAGACCCGAAACGAAGACGAAAACGAAAACGAAAACGACUACUACUACUCGAGGUUUCUCGACAAGUACGCAUUCACCAAGACCGAUUUCGUGUGCCGCAUGUGCCGGUUUGUCUAUGCCAUGCAACACGGCUGGGGCUGGGACCACGGGACACAGCAAGCGAGGGGGCUCUUGCCUCCCUCCAAUUUCUACGAGACGAGCAAGCACCCUGGGAAGCCUUCUUCUGCUGCCGUUUGGGGGACCUCCGGCAGUGUGAUGCAUCCUUUUUCGUCGGAAGAAACCGCGUACAAUCGAUCCACCUGCUUUUCGUUCGUUGACGAUCACCACGGUGCCGGCAGCAACGACGAGGAUGGAACCCACAAGAAUCACAACCGAAUGGUGUAUCCCAUGCGCGAAACAUGGAGCAGCGACCUAGCGGCCGACGGCCACGGCCCGAUUCGGGACAAAAGUCCCGAACCGGGUGCUUUCGUGCGAUGCACGGUUCCAGCACACAACCACCGGAGGGUGGUGUCGCCUUCCGGAGCCCGCUUCGUUCGCACGGUGUGGGACCACGAUGGCGUCACCGACAUGGUCCUCGCGCCCGAGACCCUUCCGAACCCAUCCUUCCCUGCCGCUCCCCAAAGGGAAGGGUCUUCCUCCCAUCUGUUUUCUCUGCAAACCCCCUUCCGGGAGGCAAGGGAGCUCCUCCUCGUCGGGCCCAGACGCCGGAACCACAACGAAGGAUCCAGCGGUCCCCACCACACGAGCUAUUGCGUCGAAUCGGAGUGGAGGAAUCUCGAUUGGAAACGCUUUGCGACCGCCAGCAACAAAAAGGCCCGAAAACGGAUUCUUCCGCGCCGUUCGUCGUCGUCCGGCGAGGACCCAUGGAACGAGCGGGGAGGCACCCUGGCCUGGAUCCAAAACGAAAAGUCUCGCAUCGUCCUGAUGGCGGAUUGGCCGGAUGCCUUUUCCGGGGCAAUGGUCGGAAGCACCACGGACGGCGCCACGGCCUCGAACCAGACACACAAGGACGGCGAUGGUGGUUCCGGCAACGCAACCACCGUUCGCCUAGGGGUUCCGGGGGACGUCUCGGUGGUGCUUCCGCCACCACCACUGCCUUUGGAAGAGACCGAUCCACGCCUCGAAAAGCGCUAUCGCUUGCGAUGGAUCGUCGAAGACCUCGACGCCUUCCACGGCGGUUCGCUCGAAACCGAAUCGUACUUUUCGUCGGUCAUGGUGGACGACUUUUUCCGUCCGCUCACCGCCCGGCGGGUAGUGGGACGAUGAAGUGCACGGACCGCGCCGUGCAGGGACACAGGAAAACGCAAACCGCCGGAACUCCGACCACCACCUACACGAACGGCAUUAACAUUCACAACGCAUCUGUCACACAUAUUAGACACGAUAAAUACAUGCUAUUAUU